GACUGAGGACACAGUACAGGAGAUGACCAGAGACUGCGGACACAGUACAGGAGAUGGACCAGAGACUGUGGACACAGUACAGGAGAUGGACCAGAGACUGCGGACACAGUACAGGAGAUGGACCAGAGACUGCAGACACAGUACAGGAGACGACCAGAGACUGCGGACACAGUACAGGAGAUGACCAGAGACUGCGGACACAGUACAGGAGAUGUUCUGUCCCCCUUUGUAAUGUACAGCGCUGAGCGAACUAUUGGCGCUUUAUAAAUACUGUAUAAUAAUAAUAAUAAUAAUAAUAAUAGUAGUACAGAUGACCAGAGCAAAGGGAAAAUACCAGGGACAUAUUACAGAUUACCAGAGACUGCAGA